CUUUCUGCAGAGGGCGUGUUGUGAGGGUGCCCAAAGGUCCUCUUAUUCGAGUUGUGGGCACGGAGGUGGUGAUCCCUUGCAGUGUUAGUGACUACGAUGGACCAAGUGAACAGAACUUUGACUGGGAGUUCUCCCGGGACACUGACUUCAUGCGGAUAGUGAGUACCUGGGAUUCUGCAUUCACCUCUGAGGAGUACCAAAAACGUGUGGGCCUCGGGGAUAUCAAACUGAGACGGAGCAGCAACGAUGCUGUGGAACUCGUGAUUAGAAACAUCCAACCAACUGACCAAGGGAGAUACAAAUGCUCCACGCCCAGCACUGAUGCCACCGUUCAGGGAAAUUAUGAUGCAGAGGUCCAAGUGAAAGUGAUUUCCGAUGGCUUAUCAGUGAGUGGUUCAAAAGCGCGUUCCUCAAUGUCUCUCAGGCUGUCUGAGGGUGACUCCUUCAAGUUGCGCUGCUCAGCAAUUACCACCUCACCGGAGCACACUCACCUGCAUGUGACUUGGCAGAUCAAAAGUGGAUCAGUGUGGCGGGACAUCCUCUCUUUGACUCACGAGGGCAAAUUCCAGCCGGGCCCUGGCUAUGAAGAGCGCUACCGUAACGGAGAGAUCCGCUUGGAUACAGGAGCGAAUGACACGUAUCGGUUAUCUGUAUCCCAGGCCUCCUCGGUGGAUGGGGGUGCCUACAGGUGUCUUGUGAGCGAGUGGGUGAGAGGGGCAGAUGGCUUGUGGCAGAAGAUUCAGGAGAAGAGCGUGGAGAUAGCAAGUGUGGCAAUCCAACGCACUGCUCUAGAUGUGGUCAUCUCAACAAGCAACGUGUCUGUGACCGAAAGAGACUCCUUGGAUCUUUUAUGUAACAUCACAACAGACAGGAGUGGCAUUUUUCAAGCAGAGGUGAUGUGGUAUUUUUCUUUGUCGCCUGAUGAUAGCUUGUCAGAUGCUCAGGUUUUGCUGAGCAUGGACCGUGAUUCCAUCGUCAGUGAUUCAACUCUCAUCAGCCUGAGCCAUGUAGAUAGGAACUCCUAUCGCCUGUUGGUGCGUGAUGUGGAUAUGGAAGACUCUGGCUACUACUUCUGCCAAGCAGCUGUCUGGGUGCCACUGCACAAUGGGAGCUGGCAUAAGGUGGUGGAGAGGACAUCUGCACCAGUCAGUGUGGUGGUGACAGCAUUAGAGCCAGACUAUGAGGUGUUUCUGAAUGCCUCUAAAAUGCCCAAGUUUUCAGAUGACCCCACAGAGCUCAACUGCAGGAUCACGAACGUACAGGACAUGGAAGCAAACAUCCGCUUCACAGUUUCUUGGUACUACAAGCAGCACCUGCACAGUGAUGAUGUGGUGACGGAGGAACUCCUGGCCACAAUGGAUGCAGACUGGACUCUGCUGCUUGGGGACAGGAGCAGAGAGCGGACUCAGAACGGGGAAAUUAUCUUCUUUAAAAAGGCUAUUGACACCUUCAGUUUACGAAUCCAGUGGACUUCAGAAAAUGACCGAGGGGAUUAUUUCUGUGUCAUCUCUGCAUGGAGUAGGCACCGCAACAACAGCUGGGUAAAGAGCAAAGAUGUGACUUCUGCAUCUGUCAGCAUUUUCUGGGCUACACAAGAUUACACGCUUACAGUGGAGGCAGUGAAAUUGAAGCCAUUCUUUGUAGCAGGCCACACCUUUGAGAUGACAUGUAAAGUGUCUUCGAAAAACAUCAAGACGCCACGCUAUUCUGUACUUAUUACAGCUGAGAAACCACUAACGGAUCAGUCAAAUCCCAAUGGAACCACUCGCAUAAUCUCCUUGAACCAGGAUUCAGUAGUGCGCCUGGAAGACUGGACGGACCAAACUCGUGUCGACGGCGUGGUUCUCGAGAAGGUCCAGGAGAAUGAGUUCCGCUACAGGAUGUAUCAGACCCAGAUUUCUGAUGCUGGGCUGUAUCGCUGCGUGGUGACUGCCUGGUCUCCAGGUGGUGGUGGCAUGUGGCGCGAAGCAGUGAAUGGCUUAUCCAACCCUAUCCAGAUAGACUUCCAGACGUCAGGUCCUGUGUUUAAUGUCUCAGUGCAUUCUGACAACCCAACGAUUUACCAGGGCGAACUAGCAGAUUUGCUGUGUAUCGUUACAAUGGAAGGAAUGGCACUUGAGCCAGAUGAUAUGUCCUUUGAUGUCUCCUGGUUCGCUGUGCAUUCCUUUGCGUUGGACAGAGAGCCCAUCUUACUGGCCUCGCUGGACCGGAGAGGGAUUGUGACACAGAGCAGGAGAAAUGGCAGCAGUGAUCUCAGCCUGGAGAGAAUCAGCCCACUGGAAUUCCGGCUCCGUGUGCAUGGCUGUGAGGACCAUGACUUUGGGAACCACUACUGCGUAGUGACCCCAUGGGUGCGAUCUGCCACUGGUGUAUGGCAGCAGGAGCCUGAAAUCAAAGCCAAACCCAUCUUUCUGUCUGUGAAAAUGGAUGUUUUGAAUGCUUUCAAGUAUCCCCUGUUGAUUGGCAUCGGUCUGGCCACUGUCAUUGGACUCUUAUCCUGCCUCAUUGGCUACUGCAGCUCCCGUUGGUGCUGCAAGAAGGAGGUGCAGGAAACGAGACGAGAGCGUCGCCGGCUAAUGUCGAUGGAGAUGGACUGA